CCCAUCUCUCUCUCUCUCCCCUCUCUCUCUAACAUUAUUUGCGAAUUCGACUUCUCUGAUGUUCUCACAUCGCCGAAUCCCCCAAGAUUUGGAGGCCGGAACUUCCGCCGCCGGCGGAGACUGCAAUCUGGCCUCCUCGGAUACUACAAGAACCAAGAACGCUUCUGUUAAGCACCUCCGCCACUGGAGAGUUGCAAAUCUUCAACAAGGAAUAGAAGAACCUGUGGAUGCAGUUCCAAGUGUGACCUCUUCUGCAGCUGAUUUUGGUAUCAGAUUGGAGGAACUUGUGCCAAUAGCCAGGGAUUUUAACAUUGGUGCUUUAAAGCAAUAUCAUGGGGUUGAAGGAUUAUCAAUUCUGUUGAAAACCGACCUACAGAAGGGCAUAAGUGGUGAUGGUGGUGACAUUCUGAGACGGAAGAAAGCUUUUGGAUCAAACGCCUUUCCCUGUGUGAGAGAGAGGAGUUUCUGGACAUUUCUCUGGGAAGCAAGCCAAGAUAUUACACUGGUAUUGUUGAUGGUGGCUGCAAUAGCUUCUUUGCUGCUUGGAAUAAAAACAAAGACUAUCAAGUAUGGAUGGUAUGAUGAAGCUGGCCUUGCUUUUGCAGUUAUCUUUGUCAUCAUUGUGACGGCUAUCAGUGAUUACCAGCAAUUUCUUCAAUUUGAAAACUUGAACCAGGAGAAGCAAAAAAUAUGCUUAGAGGUUACUAGUGGUGGCAGAAGAAUCAAGGUUUCAAUCUAUGAUAUUGUUGUAGGUGAUAUUAUACCCCUCAGAAUUGGAGAUCAGGUACCUGCAGAUGGUGUCCUAGUUUCUGGGCAUUCACUUCAGGUCGAUGAGUCUGAGAUUACAGGACAGCCCAGAACAGUUCAGAAGGAUCCCAAUAUGAAUCCAUUUUUACUAUCUGGCUCUAAAGUGGAAGAUGGCAUAGGCACAAUGCUGGUUACUGGUGUCGGAAUGAACACUGAAUGGGGAUUGCUAAUGGCUAAUAUUCCAUUAGUUAUCGAUAAAGAGACACCAUUGCAGAUACACCUCAACGGGAUUGCCAACGGGAUCAGUUUCAUCAGUCUUUCGCUUGCUUUCGUUGUCUUUCUUAUCCAAUCGUGGCUGUAUUUCUCAGGUCAUACCAAAAAUACAGAUGGCACCACAAUGUUUGUUUCUGGAAAGACAACAGCAGAUAAAGCCAUAGAUAACGUAAUCAGAACCAUCAUUCUAGGGGUUACCAUUGUUGUAGUAGCAGUUCCCGAUGGACUUCCUUUAGCUGUUACCUUGAACCUUGCAUAUACAACGAGAAAAAUAGUGCCGGAGAAAGCUUUGGUAUGCUACUUUCAGACGGCUACUUCUUCCAUAUUGUUGGAACAAAUAUUUGCUAAGGGAGAUUCUAUACCGGUGGUUUCGGGAUCAGCAACCGAGCGGGCCAUUCUUGAUUGGGGGGUCAAGCUUGGAAUGAGGUUUGAUGAUGUGAGGUCAAGAUCAUCAGUACUUCAUGUUUCACCUUUCAACCCAAAUAAGAAAAGGAGAGGUGUAGCGCUGAAACUGAAUGAUUUCCAAGUCCGUGUUCAUUGGAAAGGGGCUGCGGAGACUAUUUUAACUUCAUGCACACGGUAUAUGGGCAUGGACAAUGAUGUCAUCGCUAUUAGCAAAGAAAAGGAGUUAUACUUUGAAACAAUUAUCAAGGAAAUGUGUACAAGAGGGUUGCGUUGUGCUGCACUCGCCUAUCAAACCUAUGCAGCUGGAGAUUUUCUGAACAAUGAAUGUGAUCUCAUUUUGUUGGCUAUCAUAGGCAUAAAGGAUUCUUGUCAGCCAGGGGUACGUGAUGCUGUUCAACUGUGCCGUAGUGCCAAUAUUAAGAUACGCAUGGUGACCGGUGACGAUGUGUUGACAGCAAAAGCAAUGGCUUUGGAGUGUGGGAUAUUGAUAUCAGAUGAUAAUAUAUCUGAACGUAAUAUCAUCAAAGGAAAUGAAUUUCGUGCCUUGUCGAUUCCUGACCAAGAGCAGAUGGCUGAAAGCAUCUUGGUUAUGGGACAAUCUACUCCAGAGGACAACCUUCUGCUCCUGAAAGCGCUGAGGACGAAGGGCCAUGUGGUUGCAGUGACUGGAAAGGAGAUCCAUGAUGCUCCAUCAUUGCUUCAGGCAGAUAUCGGUCUCGCAAUGGGCAUUGGAGGGACUGCAGUUGCGAAAGAGAGCUCAGAUAUCAUUAUCUUGGAUGACAGUUUUGCUUCUAUUGUCAAGGUUAUCCAAUGGGGACGAUCAUUAGACACCAAUAUUCAGAAAUUUGGCCAGUUCAGGCUUACGGUCAGCGCAUCUGCUUUGAUCAUAUGCGUCGUUGUGGCAUUACAUUCUGGUGACUUUCCACUUAAUGUUGUGCAGAUCCUAUGGGUUAAUCUUCUCAUUGACACUUUAGGAGCACUUGCAUUGGCUUCAGAACCACCAACCGAACAACUAAUGAAGAUGCCUCCUGUUAGUAAACGUCAGGUGGCUGGUCGGUUCCCUUUCCAAGCUUUUCCAUAUCUCAGAAGCUGAGCAUUUGCCCUUCUCCAUCUCAAAAGGAUACAUACAAUAUAGCAAAAAACAGAAGAGUUCUGUCUCUCUUGUGUACAAUUUACUACGUUGUCUCCUUGUGAAUAUAUCCACGCCUUGUUGAUGUAACUUAUUUUUGGAAUUUUCCUUCUGCAUAUAAUAUUAAUUGCAACGCAGACGCUAA